AUGGUGGCCCAGAACCAAGGAUUACUUUCUCAUGUUUUGGUGGAAGUUGAGAAGAUACCAGUGGAAGAGGAGCUGUGCACUGCAAUUCCUUGCAUAUUUGAAUUUCCCAAAGAAUCCCCCAACCUGACCCAGAAACCAGAGCUCCGCAUCCCAGAGAUUCUUGUGUCUGGGGAAACUGUGACCUCUACCUGUACCAUCAAAGGCGACUGCAAAGAAACCAAUGCUCUCUUCCUCUUCUGGAAAGGACCUGCCGUGUCCUCCAACCCAACUGUCUCCAGCAACUCCUCCUCCCUGGUGCUGCACUUCACCCUGAACCCUGAGUACCAUGGCACCACCCUCAAAUGUCACUUGAACAUCUCCCUAGCUAACUUAACCAGAAGUAGCGUGGUCAAGCUCCAAGUGGUCUCACCUGCCAGAUUGUACAACUCCUCUUGUGCCUUGGAGAAGACACUGCAGUGCCGCUGUUCCUUCCACGGGAUCCCCACUCCCUCUGUGCAGUGGUGGAUGGGAGGUGCCCCUGUGGAUGUGAACAGCAUGGAUAACAUCCUCCAGGUGACUUCCACCAUGCUUGCCCCCUGGGCCAACAGCACCAUCAACCUCAUUGGGGAGCCAGAAAUACUCACGAGACUUUACUGUGAGGGGAAAAACCAAUAUGGAAUCCACACUUCAAGCAUCUUCUUUAUACCAGAUCAGAAUUUUGUUUCCAAUGUGUUCAUGAAAGGGCUGAUCCAGGGCAUUGUGUAUGGAGCCAUUGCAACUGCUCUGCUCUUCUUCUGCCUUGUCCUCCUCACAAUGAAGAUGCUUAAAUGGUGGGAGGAAAAGCAAAUUCCCAAGACCAAAGAGGCCCUGAUCCUCAAGAAGCCAGAGUUACUGGAGCAGCCAGAAAUACCUAAGGAGUCUGAAGCAAAAACCCCAUCAGCCUGGGCUACAGGUUCUGGAAGUGCAGGAGAUGCAGAUGAGUCAUCCAUGAACCAGCGGGGGCAGCAGACACAGAUGGCCCCGGAGAGAGCAGGAUGUGUGGUGAAGGAGGCAGCAUGGAGCAUGGCGGAAGCCCUGAGGUAG